AUGACUGUUGAUGAUGACAAAUUUUCCAUUAUUCCUUCCUUUUUUCCCAAAGGGCAAUAUCGUAUCAAUUCACACACCACUGCAAAAGGUAGAAAUUAUCCCAUUCAUGCUCAGAAUAUUCGACACAUAAAAGAGGCUAAACAUGGAACAACAGGUGAAAAGCCGGAAAAUAUUUGGCUGAAUGUUCAAUACUAA